CGGCGCCUUCACAGACAGACACUGUGAUUAUCGUUGGCAUUAUCUUGAUUAUUUGCUCUUUAGUGGUACCGUCUCUGGCACUUGGUUUGUUUUGCUACAUAAAGCGUCGGAGCAAGCAAAAGGCAGACACAGCUACAGCUGAAGAUAGAAAUGUUGGACAUCAGAGCGUUUCAUAUUCAAUGGAUCGUAAAAGAAAGGCCAAAGUUGAGAUAGCAUCGCUUCAAACCGGAAAAGUCAACCGCACAUAUAUGGAUCAGGAAACAAACAAAGGAUUUGAAGAAGAAGAAAAUUAUGAAAGCGUCCUCGAGACAGACGACAUCUACGAAAAUCCGUAGGGCUC